CAUCAUGCCUUUUAUUUAGCUCUAGGUCCGAGAAUGGAAACAGACCUAAACAGAGGGUAACAAAACAAGCAAACACCAUGGUGAUUAAGUCUGUGUUGUUCAGCUUCAUUUUCCCCCCGCCACCUUCUCUGGUGGUUUGGGGGUUGACUGUGACAAGCUUCCUGAUACUGGCUAAUGCUUUCUUGUCAGAAAUUAGAGGGAAGCAUUUGAACUAUUCAAAGUUUUGGAAUGCUAAUCCCUCUGCAGAAAAGCAGGUCAAGUUGUCUAGCAAAGCUGGCAUGCUUUUGCUGUACACUCCUGCUUUUCUUGCUGGCCUUGCAUCCUUCUGGGUCUUUCCUCAUCAAGGGCUCAGAUUCACCAUCCUUCAAUCUGCUGUUACUCUGCACUACUUCAAGAGGGUCUUUGAGGUUCUGUUUAUUCACAAAUAUAGUGGAGGCAUGACACUUGAAUCUGCAAUCCCCAUCACUCUGAGUUAUUUCCUCUCAGCUGUAACUAUGGUCUAUUCUCAACACCUAACAAAAGGGUUUCCAGAACCACCAAUCAAUCUGUUCUACCCUGGCAUUGUGUUGUUUCUAGUUGGCAUCAUUGGCAACUUCUACCACCAUUACCUUCUGUCCAAAUUGAGGGGAAAGGGUGAAAAGGAGUACAAGAUUCCAAAGGGUGGCUUUUUUGAGCUUGUGAUUUGCCCCCACUACUUCUUUGAGAUUACUGUGUUUUAUGGGAUCUUCUUCAUUUCUCAGACAUUAUAUUCAUUCGCUUUCGCUGUAGGCACUACUAUGUACUUGGUGGGUAGGAGUUACUCAACUAGGAAAUGGUAUCUUUCUAAGUUUGAAGAUUUCCCUAAGCAUGUUAAGGCUGUCAUCCCAUUUGUCUUCUAAAUGUUGUAAUGAACAUCUAAUUCUACUUGAGUUGUAAGUGUGCUGCUAGAUUGUGUUUAUUGGAAUUGCAGCUCUCCAACAUCCAAGUUUGAGUGAUUUAAUAAACUAUUUUUUAACUUUGGUUGAUUA